AUGGCUUAUACGACACUCUUGUCUCUCGGCCCAGAGAUUCACAGUAUUAUUGCCUCACAGUUGAGCUCCCACGACUUUGGCCAUCUCCGCUCAACCUGUAAAGAGCUGUGCAAUCGACUUGGGGCACAGUUCGCGGAGCAAUGUUUUGCGGAAAGGCGAUUUCUCUUUACGCAGGAUAGUCUGCAAGGUCUGGUUGAUCUCACUGCUCAUAAAGUGUUUGCACCUCACAUCAAGAAAAUCCUCUUUGGCUCUGGAAGGCUUUCUAUCUAUCCAAGCUGUCCACACUGGAUCACCGAAGACGAAAUGGACGCGGAAGCCCUGCGUCUGCGUCAGCUCUACGUGGCGGCGGCAAAGAAGCAAGAGGCGUUCAUCGCCUCCAAGCAGCACAUUAGAAUGAUGCACGCCGCUUUGAGAAAUCUCAAGAAAUAUAUUGGCAAGAAGAAGUACAACAACCGGGUCACUCUUGGUAUCUUUGACGUGGCUGGAGAGAUUGCUACAUCCAAAGGAUCUCACUAUUGCCACCACAGUGUUACAUACUUCAGAACUGCUUACGGCUUCGACAAAUUCUUGGGCGAGCUAUCUGAGUUUCAAAAAUGGGGCGAAGCGGGCCUGGAUCCGGUAGAAGAAUGGUAUCUGAACCCUCUCGACACGACAAGGGAUAUCCGGCAGGCUUGCAACAAGGCAAACUUCGAAUGGAACAGCAUGGAACUUGAUUGUAUCUGGCACCAAAGCUUUCCGUUCGCCUCUACCAAUGGAUGGUUUACUGUGGAUGAUGGCUGUAGCUCACAAGCUCAUGUCCACCUGGCUAUCGGUAUGCUGGAUCACGAGGAAUAUGGAGAUGCAGAUCUCUGCGUCAAAGUGUCGAGAGGCUACGAGUCUGAGCUGCGGAUCAUGACAAAGAACAGACGUCUGGAGUUUCGAGUCAAAGCUGGCGACACAAAAGACGAGCCAGCCUUCAGGGGCGUCAGCGAAGAGUAUGGGAAAAUUUCCAAGGACUUUGGAAAAGAUGUUUUCCAGGAACUGCGACUGCAAGAUUGCGUGGUCGGGCUUCGCCGCCUGUGCAAUUUCUUCGUUGCACAUGCAAAGACGUUGCGCAGAGUCGAGCUUGUCAAUGUCAGACUGGAUGUCACAGACCGAUGGGCCACCGAAGAUUGCGCUUCAGGCACACCACUUACGCUGUUGAAGUGCAUCAGAGAGAAGCUCAAGCUAGACAGUCUGAUCUGCAAUAACCUGCGUUGCAAUACUAGCGAAGGAAUCUUUCCAAGUAACGAAUAUGCAACAUUCAUCAAAGGGCCUGCUGAAUGGGACGGUACAAGGUAUAUCACGGAGACAAUGAAUGUUUUGAUUGGGUCCGAUAACAAGGAUUGGAAAGAGGAGGCGACUGGAUGGGAUCAGGUUGAGGUCGAUGAAGAGUAUCACCUGGACGAUUACAGUCUUGACUUUGAGGACUUUCCAAGACAUCGCAGAGGGUCAUGA